AAAGAUCUCUUGACAAGAGCAGUGGCUGUCCACCAUAGAGUCCACACAGAUGCGGAGGCCUAACUGGGCUUUCGGGAUGGGUCGGGCUGUGUCUCUUUGAUCGACUUUUGUGAAUCAUCACCCCCCGGCAAAGAUCAUGACUCUUCGUGAGGCCUCCCAGGCCCCUCUGGAAUUCGGGGGGCCGUUGGGCGUCGCAGCGAUGCUGGUCCUGUUACCUGCCACUGUGUUCCACCUGCUCCUGGUGGCCCGCUCUGGCCCGGCGCGCCUCCUGGCCCCACCACCAUACCUGCCUGGCCUGGAGGAGCUCUGGAGUCCACCGGCUCUGCUGCUAUUAUUCAUCUGGCUCGGCCUGCAGGUGGCGCUCUACCUGCUGCCUGCACGCAAGGUGGCCGAAGGGCUGGAACUGAAGGACAAGAGUCGCCUGCGCUACCCUAUUAAUGGCUUCCAGGCUCUGGUGCUAACAGCCCUGUUGGUGGGGCUGGGCCUGUUAGCUGGGCUGCCCCUGGGGGCACUCCCUGGAAUGCUCCUGCCCUUGGCAUUUGCGACCACCGUCACCAGCUUUAUUUUCAGCCUUCUCCUCUAUGCGAAGGCAUUGGUAGCUCCUGCCUCAGCCCUGGCUCCUGGGGGAAACUCAGGAAAUCCCUUGUAUGACUUCUUUCUGGGACGAGAGCUGAACCCUCGCCUUGGUUCCUUUGACUUCAAAUAUUUCUGUGAGCUGAGACCUGGCCUCAUCGGCUGGGUCUUCAUUAACCUGGCCCUGCUGAUACAGGAGGUGGAGCUGCGGGGGAGUCCUUCACUGGCCAUGUGUCUGGUCAAUGGCUUCCAGUUGCUGUAUGUGGGUGAUGCCCUCUGGUAUGAGGAGUCUGUCCUCACCACCAUGGACAUAAUACAUGAUGGUUUUGGCUUCAUGCUGGCCUUUGGAGACCUAGCCUGGGUACCAUUCACCUACAGCCUGCAGGCCCAGUUCCUGCUAUACCAUCCACAGCCUCUCGGGUUGCCCAUGGCCUUGCUCAUCUGCCUCAUUAAGGUUAUUGGUUACUACAUCUUCCGUGGGGCCAAUUCCCAGAAAAACACAUUCAGAAAGAAUCCUUCUGACCCCAGUGUGGCAGGUCUUGAGACCAUCCCUACUGCCACAGGGAGGCAGCUGCUGGUGUCUGGGUGGUGGGGAAUGGUUCGUCACCCCAACUACCUGGGAGACCUCAUCAUGGCUCUGGCCUGGUCCUUGCCCUGUGGGGUGUCCCACCUGCUGCCCUACUUCUACCUCCUCUACUUCACUGCCCUGCUGGUGCACCGGGAGGCCCGCGACGAGCAGCAGUGCCUCCAAAAGUAUGGCCAUGCCUGGCAGGAAUACUGUAAGCGUGUGCCUUACCGAAUCAUACCCUAUGUCUACUGAAGCAGAUCCAUCGACCAGCUCUGGCCUGAACGCACUGGGAGAAGGACCUGCACCCCAAUUUUACCCAGCAAGAAUGUCCAGCCUCAGAACAGAGGUUUAAAGCAACAGGGAGCCACUGAUCCCAGAGGGAAAUAGUUUUCCUUGUUGGAUAAAUGUUUCAACCUUG